AGUUUUUGAAACUUUGUUUUCUUGAAAAUAUUCGGCCUCAAAAAUACUGCAGCGAAAGUGAGAACAACGAUCAACCAAAAAACCCUCGCUUCUCAAUCGCCGCCGUAAGUGGUGUUAUUUUCCCGGUUCCAAUUGGAAAGAGUUUUCCAGCUUCGACAAUGGAAAAAGGCGCUUCUUUUUUGUUCGGCGGCACCAACUUCAAUAAAAAGAAGUUCGCCAGCGAUAUCGCUCGGUUUAAGGAGAAAACGGAAACUGAAGAUAAGGUGGAUUAUUUGAGCUUGUUCGAGAGUGGAAAUCCCGAAAGGGAGGAAUUUACCGUUUCUACCAAGAAAAGAAAGCGUAAACAAGCAGUUUCAGAAGCGGUGGAGGGAUUUAAUGUCUUUAAGAGUUCGAAAAAAGCAUUGGUAGAGAGCGUAGAGAACCAAAAAGAUGAGGAAGAAGAUAAGCUUUCCAAAGAGAAGAAGAAAUUGAACCAGAAACUGGAGGCGGAUGCGAUUCUGCGGAAAAAGUUUAAUAUUCAUGUCUCUGGGAAUAAUGUUGCAUCUCCACUUAAGAGUUUCGCAGAGUUAAGCUCAGUAUAUGGAUGUGAGUCCUAUUUAUUACGCAAUUUUGCUGAACUUGGAUUUAAAGAGCCAACACCAAUUCAACGGCAGGCUAUUCCGGUUCUUCUAUCUGGUCGGGAGUGCUUUGCUUGUGCUCCAACUGGAUCCGGAAAAACCUUGGCUUUUGUAUCACCAAUGCUUAUGAAACUCAAGCAUGCAUCAUCUGAAGGUGUUAGAGCUGUUAUAUUGUGUCCUACACGUGAAUUAGCUGCUCAGACAACCAGAGAGUGCAAAAAACUAGCAAAAGGAAAUAAAUUUUAUAUCAAGUUGUUGACUAAAAAGCUCAUAAGAAGUGCUGAUUUAUCAAAGCUGCCUUGUGAUAUACUUAUAUCAACACCACUUCGCUUGAGUUCAGCUAUCAAGAAAAGAAAACUUAAUUUGAGCAGGGUUGAAUAUCUUGUCCUGGACGAGUCUGACAAACUGUUUGAACUGGGCUUGUUAAAGCAGAUCGAUUCUGUGGUCAAAGCAUGUUCUAAUCCUUCAAUUAUACGCUCAUUAUUUAGUGCUACUUUACCUGAUUCUGUUGAGGAGCUUGCACGCACCAUUAUGCCUGAUGCUGUUCGAGUUAUUAUUGGAAGAAAGAAUACUGCUUCCAAAUCUAUAAAUCAAAAGUUAGUUUUUGCUGGAAGUGAAGAAGGGAAACUCCUUGCACUUCGUCAAAGCUUUGCAGAGAAAUUGAAUCCGCCAGUUUUAAUAUUUGUACAAAGCAAAGAACGAGCAAAGGAACUGUAUGAGGAGCUGAAAUUUGAUAAUAUUAGAGCUAGUGUCAUCCAUUCUGAUUUAUCUGAAACACAGCGUGAAAAUAUUGUCAAUGACUUCCGAGCUGGCAAAACAUGGGUUUUGAUUGCUACUGAUGUCAUUGCCCGUGGUAUGGACUUCAAGGGUGUCAACUGUGUAAUUAAUUAUGAUUUUCCAGAUUCUGCUGCUGCAUACAUUCACCGAAUUGGCCGGUCCGGCAGAGCAGGGAGGAGUGGAGAAGCUAUUACUUUCUACACAGAAGAUGAUGUUCCAUUUUUGCGUAACAUAGCUAAUGUAAUGGCAGGAUCAGGCUGUGAGGUUCCGUCUUGGAUCAUGGCUUUGCGUAAGCUGAGAUGGAAGAAGCAUAGACCAAAAAGGGAGUCUAUUUCAACCAAACCAAAUGAAGCAGAAGACUAAAAAACUUGCAUGUGACGAAAUAUUGGCUCCUCUAAUUGGAUAUUUAUCCUUAAACUCUUCAAAUUUUGAUGAAAUGGGUUAUUGAUUAUUGUAGUUCUUGUUAAUUGAGAUCUAGGGACAAUACGUGGUUCCUUGAAAUAGCUGUUCCUGUUUAAAGAUUGGUCUGUUUAGAUUAUGUAUUAUCCAGUUCCGUGCCCAAAUAAAACUAUCUUUGAGAUUCCAGGCGA